AUGGCCGAGACCUCUGCUGCCAGCCGGCAUGUGACCUACUGUGGUGUGUGCACACUACCACCCGAGUACUGCGAAUACGGCGGAACAACCGCCAAAUGUCAGAAAUGGCUCGAAAAGUCCCAUCCGGACCUCUACUCCAAGAUCUGGUCCCCCGAAGCCCUCUCCGCAGCAACCGCCUCCCUCUCCCUUGAAGCCCAGGAACGCGCCGCCAAAGACGCCAAAAAGAAGGCCGCGAAAGCCGAGGCCGCCGAACAGAAGCAGGCCGAAAAGCUCUCCAACAGCGUCGUCACCAUCAAGCGGAUCGAGCGCAACAAGCGCAAGUAUGUCACCUCUGUCUCUGGGCUGGAGGCUUUUGGGUUGGACUUGAAAAAGGUGUCCAAGGACUUUGGUAAGAAAUUCGCGACCGGCUCGUCCGUCACCAAAACCCCCUCGGGCGGUGAGGAAAUCGUAGUCCAGGGCGAUGUCAGUGAUGAAAUUGAGGAGUUCAUCCUCGAAAAGUACAAGGAUGUGCCCGAGGAUAACAUUGAGCUGGUAGAAGAUAAGAAGAAGAAGGGGGCUGCUGCUGGUUAA